UCAAUCGAGUGCCCUCAUUUCAUUUGUCCCCGAUUCCGAUUCACAAACGUGGUAUUUUUACGUCGGGAAUCAUCUCCGUCGAAUCCAAUUGAAGUUAGGUGAAGAUUAAAGAGGAUACAAAAGAUGACGACGGCGGCUAGACCCACCUGGGCACCGGCUAAGGGUGGCAACGAGCAAGGUGGCACUCGAAUUUUUGGCCCCUCUCAGAAGUACUCUUCCAGGGACCUCGCUUCUCACACAGCUUUAAAACCGAGAAAGGAAGGACAAGACACUCAAGAAGAGCUGCAGAGGAGGAAUCUCCGAGAUGAACUGGAUGAGCGAGAGCGGAAGCACUUCUCAGCAAAAGAUGAUAGAGAUCGUCGUAGAGGCAGCCAUCUACUUUUAGAAGGUGCUAAGAGAGAAGCGGACGACCGCAUUGUUCCACGCAGUGUAGAUGCUGAUGAUGCCGAUGUGGGUGCCAAUAGCAGUGAUGAGAGUGAGGAUGAUGAUGACGAUGAUGAAGACGACACAGAAGCUCUUCUGGCUGAACUUGAACAGAUUAAGAAGGAAAGAGCCGAGGAAAAACUCCGGAAAGAAAGACAAAUGCAAGAAGAAGAUAUUAAAGCUAAAGAAGCAGAGUUGUUGAGAGGAAAUCCUCUGCUAAAUAACCCAACAUCCUUCAAUGUGAAGAGAAGAUGGGAUGAUGACGUGGUCUUUAAGAACCAGGCACGGGGUGAAAUUAAGACAGCCAAGCGGUUUAUUAAUGACACAAUCAGGAAUGAUUUUCACCGAAAAUUCCUUCAAAAAUACAUGAAGUAGCGGUGAUUGAAAAGUUUUUGGAGAUUGAAAACCUUUCAAUCGGUUAUGAAAUCAAGAGAGUUGCUGGGUCUUUGUCACUGGAUUGGCUAUGUUUUUGGACUCGAAAGUGUCCUGUAAUGAAUCUCGAACUGGAAUUGACUAGUGAUCAUCUGCAUUUAGAAUUUGAAAUGCGUAACGUCACAUUAUUUCGUGCAGAACGACCGUAAUUCGUUUUCUUCUGUCGCAUUUUAAUGCUACUUCUUAAGUUGUAACCUCAA